GCUGAUAACCGAGUGUGGGAAGUUGUAAAUACAAAUUUUAAAAAUUAUCGUUACUUAUCAUUGGUUUUUAUUAUUUAUUUAAUGUCACACAAUCAGUAUUAAUCGUCGUAUACGCAUUACAUUACUGUGUUAUUCCGCUUUGUAUGACUCAUUGUAGUAAGAAGAGUCGAGCUGUGUGAGCCGUUUUUGGGAUUGUGUUCAUUGAUUUACUUAAAAAACCAUGUUUGCAAUUAGAAAUGAAGAUUUUGAAAGUGAUUCCGAUAGUAACUUUGAAGAUGAAGAUGAAUUAACACGUAUAAUCCCACCUGAAGUGGAAGACACCAGAGAAUGUAUGAAAGCACGACAUAUCUUAGGAAUCCUUGGUUUUCUAGGUUUUGCAAAUGUGUAUGCGAUGCGUGUUAACUUAUCUGUGGCCAUUGUGGCUAUGGUGAACAACACAGCAAUACCACAACCCUCUACUAAUAGCAACAUUUACGAUCACUGUGUGGCCCCAAACGCCACAAACUCAACACAACCAAACACAUCUGAUGGAGAAUUUGCGUGGGAUGAAGCCACUCAGGGUAUUGUUUUAGGCUCGUUUUUUUAUGGGUAUGUCCUUACCCAAGUACCUGGUGGCCGUUUGGCUGAGUUGUUUGGUGGGAAAUUGGUGUAUGGUGUGGGAGUUUUAAUGACUGCAGUUUUCACUUUACUUAGUCCCAUUGCAGCAAGGAUUAAUUUCCCACUUUUUAUUAUUGUUCGUGUUUUGGAGGGCAUGGGCGAAGGAGUCACGUUUCCGUCAAUGCAUGCAAUGUUGGCAAGGUGGAUUCCUCCCCUGGAAAGGAGUAAAUUUGCAGCCUAUGUUUAUGCAGGAGCCAAUUUUGGAACCGUCAUAUCACUUCCCCUAUCUGGUUGGCUCUGUUCACUAGAAUUAGACGGCGGUUGGCCAUUGUGCUUCUAUUUAUUCGGUUUUUUGGGUAUAAUAUGGUUCGUAUUUUGGUGCUUUCUUAUCUACGACUCACCUUCGACCCAUCCGAGGAUAAAUCCACAAGAGAGAGCUUUUAUUCUAGCCAGUAUCGGCCCUCAAGAUGAAGAUGACAGGGCUGCCAUCCCAUGGCUUAAAAUGCUAACUUGCGUCCCACUUUGGGCCAUCUUAAUCACCCAGUGUGGCCAGUCGUGGGCCUUUUACACCCAACUGACCGAACUGCCUACUUACAUGAGUCAAAUUCUCCAUUUUGACAUUCAAGCAAACGCACUUUUAUCAGCAAUUCCAUAUCUGACAAGUUGGUGGUGCGGGAUUCUCAUCAGUAUCAUAGCCGAUUGGUUGCUGAGUCGAGGAUAUUUGUCUCUCUCUACUUCGUAUAAAGUUUUUAACUCUUUAGCUUCAAUUGUCCCAUCGUUGGGUCUUUUGGGAGUAGCGUAUGUUGGAUGUGAUAGAGUAGCAGUGCAGUUACUUUUGGCCCUUCCGGGGGCUCUUGCUGGCGCUGUUUACGCCGGUAAUCAGAUGAACCACAUAGCUCUCAGUCCGAAAUAUGCCGGCACUAUGUAUGGGAUUACGAAUGCUGCAUCGAAUAUGUGCGGAUUUCUGGCUCCUUAUGUCAUUGGUGUAAUUAUCGAGGGACGGGAAACACUGGGUCAGUGGAGAUUGGUGUUUUAUCUAGCCGCUGGUAUUAAUAUGGGAGCAAAUUUAUUUUAUAUAGCGUUCGCAAGUGCAAGGGAACAACCGUGGUCAAGAUCACAAAGACUGAGUACCAUCAACUGACAGGCGCUUUAUUUAGCAAUGCUUGUUGAUGCUUAGAUCAAGAUUUUUUUAUACCAAUACAUGGUUAAACUUCUGCUUAAUUUAAAAGUAAAUUAUUAAGCAGAAGUUUAGUGGCGCUAAAUAGUUAAGUAUUGAAAAAAAUGUGAUUCCCUAGAAUUAUUAUCGUAUCAACAAGAAAUUACUCCUUAGGAUUUAGGGAUAUUAGUGAAUAGGUUGCCCUAAAUUUGGUUGGGUUGGUUUGUGGUGACAAACAAAAGAUUUUGUAACUAGUGUCAAAAAUUUAGGUUAAAUCACCUGUCAGCUUGUAGAGAUAACUCAAUUGAUAGUUGACAGCAGGUUGACAGAAAACGUCAAUCGUCAACAACAAGGGGUAACCAACCCUAGACAUUCAAAAUUACUUCUAAAAAUUCUAGUCGCCAACAACAAGAAAAACGUAAUUUUCCUAAAAAUUCAAAUCCUAGGUGGUAACUUCUUGAUGACAAAUCUUUAUCUGAUUUAAUUUUGUGUACUAGGUGCAAUGAACAUUAAAAAUAUUUCAAUUUGUUCCUUUACCUUAUUAUAGAAUGUAUACAAAUGUUUUCAAAUACAUCUAUUUACGGAAAACAAUUAUUAAAUGUUAUAUCGUUAAAAUUUAAUUUUGAAGAAUCAUUUAGAAUGAAAAUUUAUGUUAUUUAAUUGUGUACUUUCUAUAAUCAUGGUAUAAUUAAAUGUGAUAAAGCCUUAUCUCACUUUAUUUUAAUUUAUUGUUUUAAUUUCUUAGCCAAUGUAAAUGUUUACAACAACCCUGUAUGAACAAUUUUACGCUCUUUCAAUCUAGAUAAUAUCAACUACAAACGGCCGAACUACACUUUUGUUGAAAGUUUUUAUUUUCAUAUUAAAAUUGUAUAUAAAUUUUAUUGUAAAAUAUAUUUUUUCUAUUUACCACAGA